GUGGGCUCUGGAUGGAGCAGCAGGGGCAGCAUUAAAAGCAGCAGCAUCGGGGGGGGCGGAAAGGGAAAGCCCCCCUCUCCCGAAGAACGAAUCAGAGUGGUCGGUUUCGAGACCCGAGACGGCAGCAGCGCUUCCUCCUCCUCCUCCUCCUUUUCCCGGCGGAGGAGAGGAGCCCCGCCGCCGCCGCCGCCUUCCUCCUCCUCCUCCUCCUCCUCCUCGGCCUCUCUUUUGUUAUUGGAUGCGCGCCCUCUUCCUCCUCCUCCUCCUCCUCCUCCUCGCCUCCCUCUGUCUCUGCCUCCAGAGCCCUUCCGUGGACCGUCCCGCGCGCUUUGAGGUGGCUUUUCCCCGCGACGAGACCAUGAGCAGCAGUGUCGGCAUCCGGGCUCCCCUCCGCCUCCUUCUGCGCUCUCUCUCCGCGAUGAAAACGAUCCGGAUCGACUUCUAGGCAGCCCGCCCCAUCCCUCUCCGACCCCCGGAUUUCUCUGUGUCUCCCCUUCCCUUUCCCUCCCAAACCAUCCAGGCGGCAGGUUCGCCUUGGGCCCCGAUGCCUCCCUCCGGGAAUGUCCUUUGAGGCGCCGAAGGGGCCAGAGGCGUUGCAAGCGAGGCGGCAGAGGCGGCGGAGGCGGAGGCAGCAGCGGCUCUGACAAGAUGAUGCUGAGCCCGGACCAGGCCCUGGACUCGGACCACCCGUCCUCGGCGCCCUCGGACCCGGAGUCCCUGGAGGCCAAGGGCCUGAGGAGCUGCUGCGCCUCGGACUUGGAGGCGCUCGACGAGGGCGAGGGCCCCGGAGGGGGCGGAGGAGGCCGGCCGGGCCCCCAGCACCCUCCAGCGCCGCCCCUGCAGGCGCUGAGCCGCGAGGAGAAGCGCCGCCGCCGCCGGGCCACGGCCAAAUACCGCUCGGCCCACGCCACGCGCGAGCGCAUCCGCGUGGAGGCCUUCAACCUGGCUUUCGCCGAGCUGCGCAAGCUGCUCCCCACGCUCCCGCCAGACAAAAAGCUCUCCAAGAUCGAGAUCCUGCGCCUGGCCAUCUGCUACAUCUCCUAUCUCAACCACGUGCUCGACGUCUAGGGUCCCCGAGGGGGCGGCGCGCGCCAAAGGAGCCGGGGUGGGCGGGGUCUGCCUGCCUGCCAGC